AUGGCCCUGAAUGCCACCUGUCUAGACAAUCUGGGAUCUCCUACCAUCUACGCUUGGAUUUCAGUCAUAAAAGAAUUCCUUGAGGCAAGGAAAGGCCAAGACAUUGUGGACAGUAGACCUGUCAAUGUCCCAGAAUGCUUCGUGGAAGCUGUUGCGCCUUCUAUCGAUGACGUACCCACAAUCUACCACGGGGAAGUGUUCACGGAUCGAAAAAGUCAUUUCCAAGCUCAUCUCGCUAGAGUUAGCAGUAAAGAAGAAGUAAAACUAGUGCUCGAUCGUUUGUAUGAAAAUUCGAAAAUUAGCCGUGCAACUCACAAUAUAUAUGCUUAUAGAAUUACUGAGGAGCGAAAUGGACGUGAAAUACGGUAA